CUUCCUUCUAAAUCACUGAAAUCCCCAGAGCAUGCCCAAAGGCAAAACGCUCAUCCUGAAUCUUUUCCCUUAUGCAGGACCAUUUCGGACGACUAGGCAGCCCAGCUUCCCCAAAUCCCCGAGGACAUUCGAGCGUUCUCAUUCAUCCUCCUCCACGAAGUGCUUUGUUACGAUGGAGAUGCUUAGUCGAAUUGAACCCUGUCAACUCCACGCGCCCAUGUAGUAAUGAAAAUGGGGGAAUAACUUAUAGCCACGCCUUAUGGCAUCUCUCUCCCGAGUUAGACGAUCUCGGGAAUUCCUUAGGUUCUCUCUAUUUUCAUUCCGGUCUUCUGUCGAAUCUUGAUUUUCGAGUGACUGUGACUUCUCAUAGCCAGAUACACCACACAAUCAAGCAUAUAUCACCAUGUCGACAGCAACCACCACAACAUCAGCGACGACGACGAUGUCGGUCGUCCAGCCCCGACAGCAAGAGCUCCUUCACCUCACCAGCACACCCGACAUCACCCCCUACACCAGACAUGGCUAUCUCUUCGGCCAGAAACUCGCGGCCUCCAUGUCCCCUCUCCUCCACUCCAUCGUUUACUCCCACCUCUCUCUCAACUGGGCCCAACUUCGUCUUGACUCCCCCUCUAUACCACUCUUCCUCCAGCUGGCCCAGCACCCAGACUUCUACGGCGCCUCAGUGACCAUGCCUCACAAAGUGGCCAUCAUCCCGCACCUUGACCACCUGACUCCCGAAUGUCGCGACGUCGGCGCCUGCAAUACCCUAUUUCUCAAAACCGACCCAGCCACCGGCCGUCGCCUGUACUGCGGCGCCAACACCGACGUGAUUGGCGUGCGCGAGAGCUUCGUUCAAAAUGUCUCUGACCCCGCCCGGGUAUACGAGAGCCGGCCGGCACUGGUAAUUGGCGGCGGCGGCGCGGCGCGAUCAGCCGUGUACGCGCUGCACAAGUGGCUCGGCGCGACGGACAUCUACCUCGUGAACCGGGACAAGAGCGAGGUGGACGCGGUGAUUGCCGAAUGCACGGAGCGCGGGUACGGCGAUCGCCUGGUGCAUGUGGCGAGCGUGGAGCAGGCUGAAGGCCUGGAGGGGCCGGGGGCGAUAGUCGCUUGCAUUCCGGAUUUCCCGCCUAAGACGGAGAAGGAGAUGUUGGUGAGGAGGAUUGUCGAGACGUUCUUGAUGAAGGAGGAGAAGGGUGCUAUGCUGGAGAUGUGCUAUAACCCUAGCCCGUUUACCGAGUUGGGAGCGUUGGCGGAGCACGAGGGGUGGCAGGUUAUCUUGGGCACGGAGGCUUUGAUCUGGCAGGGGAUUGAGCAGGACAAGUAUUGGACCGGUCGUACAAAUGAGGAACUUCCCAUUCAACAGAUCAAGGAAGUCAUUGCUGCAAAAUUGGCAGAAGCUUCCAAAUCGCACACCAGUUGAGAUAACAGGGCCCUCUAAGCAUGUAAAACGACAGUGGGAUGAAAACAGGGUCGCUCUAUAGAUCGGGUUGUGACAUCGGUUGUG